CUCACACACACCACACACAGUGAGCACGUCAUGUAACAAACAAAACGCGGCUCAGCUCUCCAAACAGCAACAAUUCAAUCUUUUUCUCCCGUGAAAUUUUGUACACGAGUUCUCUGAUUCAUAAUUUCACAGUGAUUGAUUGUAGAUUAUACGAGGAAUUCUGCAAAUCUGUCUGCAUAUACGGACAUUUAGUGUAUGUACGUACCUCCAUGGUCUUCGUCUUCAAUCGUAUUUAUUUUACUGAUUGCUUCAAACGUCAGCAACAUCAGCUGGUCACCGACACCGGAAAAGUUCUUUUUCGAUCGAGUCUAACUUCAGAUGGCGAAACGAGGAUAUAAAUUACAGGAAUUUGUGGCUCAUUCGGCAAAUGUGAACUGUUUGAAAAUCGGGAAGAAGACACGUAGAAACUUCAUUACAGGUGGUGAUGAUGAAAAAGUAAAUCUUUGGUCAAUUGGGAAACCCACUGCUAUAACGAGUCUAAGUGGUCAUACAAGCCCUAUUGAAUCUGUAGCUUUUGAUUCAACAGAAGUUUUAGUAGCUGCUGGAGCUUCUUCAGGCGUGAUAAAACUUUGGGAUCUGGAAGAGACAAAAGUGGUUCGCACACUUAAUGGACACAGAUCCUAUUGCACUGCUGUUGAGUUUCAUCCAUUUGGUGAGUUUUUUGCAUCGGGUUCCAUGGAUACUAAUUUGAAGAUAUGGGAUAUUAGAAAGAAAGGGUGCAUUCACACAUAUAAAGGACACAGACGAGCUGUUAGUACUAUUAGAUUUAGUCCUGAUGGUCGUUGGGUGGUGUCUGGGGGACUUGAUAAUGUUAUAAAGAUAUGGGACUUGACAGCUGGAAAGCUUUUACAUGAGUUUAAGUUUCAUGAAGGGCACAUUAAGUCAAUGGAUUUUCAUCCUCUUGAGUUUCUUCUAGCAACAGGUUCAUCAGAUAAAACUGUAAAAUUUUGGGACUUGGAGACCUUUGAAUUAAUUGGAACAACUCGACCAGAGGCUACAGGUGUAAGAUCAAUAACCUUUCACCCAGAUGGGAGAACUAUCUUUUGUGGGUUAGACAGCAGUUUAAAGGUGUAUUCAUGGGAGCCCAUUAUUUGUCAUGAUUCUCUUGAUAUGGGAUGGUCAACAUUGGGUGACCUCUGCAUUAAUGAUGGGAAGCUUGUAGGAUGCUCAUAUUAUCAAAACUCUGUUGCAGUUUGGGUGGCUGAUACUUCGCUUAUUGAACAGAGUGGGCCAAGUAAUUUAGCUGAGGAAAAUACUCGUAUGCCACAUAAAUUUAAACUCCAGAAAGAUUUAACAGAGAGAGUAGAGAGUCCUAGAAGAUCCACCAUGUCCUCUGAUGAUGACACAAAGGAUAUAAAGAACAUAUAUGUGGACACUGCAGGCAUGACUCCUGUUUCUUCAAAAGUUGUCAACUUACAAAAUCCCAAAGAAAUUCAUAAUUUGGUUACCCCUAACCCUACACUCCCUCCUGCAGCAGCCAAAAUUACCAGUAAGCCCUUAAUCAAUGAACAGGAUAACACUGCUGCAUCACUUAAGCCAUCUCAUAGGCGAAAACCAUCAACUACCAAAUUAGAUAUUGAAGGGCUAUCAAUAACAGUUGAAUCUGGUUUAAAAUCUGGAUCAGAUCCAGAUGCUGCUAAAGUUUCAAACUUACAAAGAAGGGUUUUAUCAGAUGAUGCUGCUAAAGAUUCUUCCGAGGAGAAAACAAAAGAGUCUCAAAAAGCUUCAUCUCCAAGCAAUGAGUCUGUUGAUUCAAACAAAGAGUUGAAAUCUGUUAAAUAUGUAAACGGAGUGGCGGUUGUCCAUGGAAGGACUCGCAGCCUGGUUGAGAGAUUUGAAAAGAGAGAGAAGUUGAACACUGAUGAAUCACAACUGCCCGAUCCAUCUGCCCGGGUAUUAACCAACACAGAUACACCUGCCCCAAUAAUGAACCCAACACCUGAACCUGAACCCAAAACAUUCACCAUGCCCGGAAAAAGACCUGAUGUGACUAAAAUACCCAUAAAGGUACCUGAAGCUGAAACCUUCACCAUUCCUGAAAAAAGACCUGAUCUGACUAAAAUACCCAUAAAGGCCUCUGCAUCUGAAACCUUCACCAUCCCUGAAAAAAGACCCGAUGUGACCAAAAUGCCCAUAAAGACACCUGAAGCUGUAACCUUCACCAUGCCUGAAAAGAUACCCCAUGUGACCAAAAUGCCCAUAAAGGCACCUGAAGCUGAAACCUAUACCAUGCCUGUUGUGACUAAAAUGCCCCUAAAGGAACCUGAAGCUGAAACCUUUACCAUGCCCGAUGUGACUAAGAUGCCCCUAAAGGCAGCUGAAGCUGAAACCUUUAACAUGAACGAUGUGACUAAAAUGCCCCUAAAGGCACCUGAAGCUGAAAACUUUAUGAUGCCUGAAAAGAUACCUGAUGUGGUUUCGAGUGCAUCAAAUGAGGCUACUAAAUCACCCACAAGGGUACAAAAACAUGAUUCACGCCCAAACACAAGAUCUGAAGAUACACAUGUUCAAAGACCAAGAACUGCUCCUAGUAUGUUACCUGAAAAAGGUAAAGUCUCACCCAUGCCAAGAUCUAUAAGUUCUCGGCGUUUAAUGCCUGAAAAACUUAGAACUCCAUCUCCAAUGGUGGUUGCAAGAAGAUCUACUGCUUCCUCUCGUGUGAUGCCUGAAAGAACUAGAAUCUCAUCUGUAUUGGUGUCCCCAAGGCAUGAUACUAUCAAUAAUAGAAUGAUACCUCAAAAACCUAAAUCUUCUCCAUUGAUGGAUGAUAAUGGCCCACAGACUACAGGGAGAGGUCUGGUGUCUAAGAAAGAUAAUGAUGAUGUGGCAGAAGAUUUGAUGACGAAUCAUGAUGUGUUUUUGAGUAGUCUGCGGUCCCGCCUCACAAAGCUCCAGGUGGUACGACACUUUUGGGAGCACAAUGACACAAAGGGUGCUAUAGAUGCCUUGAGGAAAUUGCCAGAUCAUGCUGUUCAAGCAGAUGUGGUGAAUGUUCUUAUGGAAAGAAUGGAUUCUCUCACAUUAGAUCUCUUUUCUUGCUUGCUACCUGUCCUUUUGGAAUUACUGGACAGCAACACAGAGCGGCAUAUAAGUGUAUCAUUACAACUUUUAUUAAAGCUUGUGGCUGUCUUUGGGCCUGUAGUCAGCUCAACCAUUUCAGCACCUCCAGCUGUUGGUGUUGAUCUUCAUGCAGAAAAAAGACUUGAAUCCUGCAAUCAAUGCCAUACACAGCUCCAGAAGAUUCACAAAUGUCUCCCCUCUAUUAUAAAGCGAGGAGGUUUGGUAGCAAGAUGUGCUCAAGAACUAAACAUUAUUCUUCAAAAAUCAUGAAUCGAUCGACCCUUUCAAACUUUUGAAGCACCCCACAAUUUUGUCUCACUCAUUCUAAAAUAUCUUCUUUCGGAUCUUGGCUGCAAAAUUUAAAGUCAGCAUGUAGGUAAUCGAAGGAAGGAAGCCCGUUUAUAAUCACUAAUCGACCUCUUGCCAAAAAAAUAGGCAUAUUAUUUAUAUAUUUGUAAUCUUUUGUGUAAUUAUUAAUUAAUAGUAAUAAAGAUGUGUAGAUGGUUCUUUUAGCAAUGAGGACACAAUGGAGCAUGUUUCCUACUUCAUAGGACCCUUAACAAUCAUGCCAUUGGCUAAUCUUUGUUGAUUUAUUAUACAAAAGAUUUCGUUGUUAA